AGUCUUUAAUGGAUUUAGAGAAUUUUUUCUCACCAAAUACAACAAUUUCAUCUAAUAAUAUAUUUUCCUCUCCUUCUCCAAAUAUUGGAGGGGAGGAAGGAGAAAAUAAUGAAUUAAAUAAUGUUGGAGGACUUCAACCAGUUCAGGGACUUCUUAAUAUUCACGAUAAUGACAGAGUUUUGUUGUAUUUGAGAUAUUACGCAAGACAUUUUAUUCCAAUAUUUUGUCUUGUAGGAAUUGUUGGAAAUUGUAUGGCCCUCCUUUUAAUUAGAACAAAUUACUGGUUACGUCGAUUAACUUCAAAUAUAUAUUUGUGUACACUUUCUGUUUGUGGAUGUUUAUUUUUAACAACAGUUUUUAUUACCUGGUUAGAUUCUUCUGCAGCUUUAUUACCUUUAUAUUCACAAUCAGAAGUUGGCUGUAAAAUAUUAACUUUUACUGCACAUAGCUGCGAUUUUAUUUGUGUCUGGAUGAUUUCCUGGGUAUCUUGUGACAGAGCUAUUGUUCUAUUUCGACCAGGAAUUCGUCGUCGCGUUUGUAAUAAAAAAUUUGCGAGAAAUUUAGUUGUUUGUACUGUUUUAUUUAGUUCAACACUUUAUGGUUGGUGUUUAGUUUUUGCUGGAUUGGAAAUUGGAACUGAUGAAGUUCCCUAUUGUGGAAUUAACCCAGCUGUUCAGGGUUAUGAUUUAAAUCAAUUACAUCUUUUCUUUUUGACAAUGGAUACAAUAUUAUGUACAGUUGUUCCAUCACUUUUAAUUAUGAUUGUCAAUUCUUUAUCAAUUUAUAGAUAUAGACAAUGCAUGAAAGUUUAUUCCUCCGGUGUUUUACGUGUUCGAUUUUUGAGAGUUCCAGACAGACCUGUAAAUGAAGAAUAUAAUCAUUUACAGCAACACCAACAACAAUUACCUCAACAAAAAGAAUCUCCAAACAAAAAACAUUCAUUAUUUAGUAAUUCAACAACAAUUAACAGACCAACACAAACGGGAAUGCUUUCUGCUACAGCAGCUACAAAUAAUAGAGGGGGAAGUCCAAAUGCUGCUAGUGGAGGGAGUGGGGGAGGAGGGAAAUUAAAAUCUUCUGAUUUGACUUUGAGUAGAUCUUUACUUAUUGUUACAAGUACAUUUGUUCUUCUCAAUGUUCCAAAUUACGCAUUUCGUUUAUAUGAUGCAUUAUUUAAUGUCGAGCAAACACAUUUAUGGCUACUUUUAUAUUUUAUAACAUUUUUACUUUAUUAUUUACAUCAUGCCGUUCUUUUUUAUAUGUAUAUAUUUUGGUCUCCGCAAAUGAAAAAACAAUUAAUGCCAACAGCAUUAAAAUUACUUGAAUGUUAUUGUUUUAAAACAGUCCCAGAAUUUGGACAUCAUUCACAACUUUCUAUGCAACAGGCUAAAUUACAACAACAACAAAAUAUAUGA